UCUACUCAAGUUCCUCCUACAUCUACUUCCUACAUCAACGCAGCACACGAAAGAGAAAGGACAGAUCGGAGCAUUCACUCGAAAAUGGCGAGUUCAUCCAACAGAUUUUCCGCUGCGCGACCCAAACGCGCAGGAGACCAUUUCACCCGCACACAUCACCUGGAUUCAGACGAACCGUCCGCAAAGAAACCUCGCUUCGACCCACGCAACCCGUCUACUCUCGCUCCGGACAACAAUGACGAUGACGAUGACCCAACGCUAGACGCCGAUGUCAUAGGCAAAAGCGGUGGCGUGAAGCGCAACGCCGUGAACAUUGACGGCUACGACUCAGAUAGUUCCACCGAGAAUUUCGAUGCGCGCGCAGAGGCAAGGAAUAAGAAGGAAGACGCUGCAGACGACGACGACGACGAUGACGAUGACGACAUGUUCGCUGAGGAGGACAAGAACGAUGAGCAGGAAGAAGAGACGCGCCGCGGCGAUGGCAAGAAGAAACAGUUGCGGUUCCUCGAUGACCAAGAGAUAGAAGGACAAGAAGCGACGAGUAAAUCUGGUGGGCACGUCGCUGUCGACUUCCGCGCAGGCCCCAAAUCCAUAUCCAAAGACCACGAAAGCAGCAGCGAAAGCGAGAGCGGCGACGACGAAGAGCGAGAUAUGCCCGAUCCCUCACUGGACGAAGAAAUCGGCGCAGGCGGCAAGAAGAAGCGUGCCCCCAAACUCGACGCCUUCAACAUGAAGACGGAAAACGAGGAAGGCCGUUUCGAUGCCUCUGGGAACUACGUGCGUCAAGCCGUAGACCCCUUGGCUACAUACGAUAGCUGGCUAGAUGGGGUAUCGAAGAAGGACAUCAGAAAAGCCAAAGAAGCACACGACAAGCGCGAGCAGGAACGCCGCGACCGCGAGCGAGCGGCCGACUCGAUCGUCACCAGCGAAGAGCUCUCCAAAUUGAUUAUUUACCUCGACGUCGGCGAAACCCCCAUGGAAGCCCUAGCCCGCUACGGCAAAUUGCUCCCCAAAAAGAAACCCGUGGCUGCCGCCCGCCGCAAAAAGGACCGCGCCGGCGAAAUGGACGUCGAGCCACCUCCGCCCGAUGCCGCCGAGACCGACGCCGCGGUCAAGGCAAAGCAGGCUAUCGAGACGGUCACAGACUGCGCGGGCCACCUGACCGACCGCGGCGUCGAGGAUGUUUACCACCUCCCCCGCGAAUCCAUGAUGCGCCUCUACAAACACGAAACCGGCUCCGAUUGGAAACAUCCCAAUCCACCAAAGGUCAUGUGGGAGUUCCACUGGCUGGCUGCGCCCGAAACGGACGUCAACGGCCCUUACGAUGUCGAUACCAUGCGGGCUUGGGAGGCGGCUGGCCAGUUCGAAGCCGGGGCCGAGUUUCGCAAGGUCGGGGAGGGAGAGUGGUCGCGGUUGUUGGAUCUGGACGACGACUGA